AACUUGGAGGCAGAGUCCGGCUAGCUACUCGAUAGAUAGCGAGCACUGAAAUAGCUCCACCACAUGGCGGGGGUCUUUAAUGCUGGUUAGAUUCAUCUGUAUGCGUUUCCGACGCAGCCAGUUGAGACGCGUUCGGCAGACCAAGGCAGAACGUUUCUUAACCGAGGGAACGUUUAAAAUCGAGGAAUUUAUCCAAACUGGUCCGAAGGGAGACGAGACAGCGAAAGGAAACAGUUGAAACAGUAGUGAAACAGUAGUGAAACAGUAGUGAAACAGUUGUAACCGACCGAGGCGGGAUGUGCGUGAAACUGUGGAAAACGGUUUUGGCGCGGUUCGCCUGGCUGCCACGAUGCUUCGAACCGACCACGAUCAGAACCAGAUUCGUAACGGUGUGAUAAUAAUGUUUCUCCAGCAUCGUGGACAAGGUGAGAUCCGCGAGUGAUGGCCGGUUGCCACCCGACAGCAACGAUUCGACCUUUACAGCAAUCCCCCGAAAUCAGGAGCCAGAAGCCUCUUCGCUAUUCGGUCAAUUGGGUCUAUCUGGCGAUCGCCGAUCGAAAUCCUGUUCAGCCGCAGGACCACCGUCACCACCAGGUUCGACGACCUUUCGCCCUUCGAAAUUCUCGUUACACUCCAACCACUCUGCCGACGACCAUUUUCGGAACGCUCGGCCCUUCCGCAGCCGUUCGACCCGGCGGCAACUUUCCAGAGAACAUCGCCGACCUUUCCCUCCUCGACAGAAAACCGAGCAAAAGGCCACCGCCCAGUUACCUUUGCCACCUCUGCUUCAACAAGGGUCAUUACAUCAAAGACUGUCCACAGGCACGGCCAAAGGGAGAGGUUCUAACGCCGUACCAGGGGAGGAAACGGUGCUUCGGUGAGUACAAGUGUCCCAAGUGCAAACGCAAAUGGAUGUCUGGCAACAGCUGGGCCAAUAUGGGCCAGGAAUGCAUCAAGUGUCACAUAAAUGUCUAUCCUCACAAACAGAGGCCGUUGGAGAAACCGGACGGGCUGGACGUUUCCGACCAGAGCAAAGUUCAUCCGCAGCACCUCUGUCAGAAAUGCAAAACCCUCGGUUAUUAUUGCCGAAAGGACCAGUAACGAACCUCUACAACGCCAACGCGUAAUUUUACCGCACCUACCUAAUCUAUCUAUCGAACUGGUAUAUAUGUAUAUGUACAUACGUAGGAUCGUGCGUCGAGCACAGAAAACCGGAAUAUACCACAGAGUCGGGAACUCUGCCAACUAAUUAUAGUUGCUUUACGUUUACAGCACCGCGACAAUUUACGUACGCGUGUGCGCGCGCUCUUGCGUCAUUUUAUUUUUAAUAUAUGUACCUUCCUUUCGCUUUGUACUUUUAUACACGUAUGCACUUUCUGUGAUCGUACCUAACCGAAUCUUCGUAUACAAUGUACAAGAAAGGAGAGAAGGAAAGCAGAGAGGACGGAAAAGGGAUGUCCUCCGCUCGCACGUUACAGUGGUAGACGACGGAAAUUACAGUUAUAGACAGAGUACGAUUCCGCACCACACACGCACACGCACACGCAGGCA